CUCUUUUUCUUUGCCUCUUGUCCUCCUCCUUCAAUCUCCCUCUCCCUUAUUCCACCCCCCUAGCUCCCCACAACCCCCCUGUUCAUCUGUCUUCCCCACCCUCAUUCCCUGGAUCCCAGAGAACUCCAAGAUUUGCUCACAGGGAUCUGGACUCAAUAGAGAGAGUGAGGGAGGGAGGAGAGAGCAAGAGAGGGAGGGAGGAAAAAGACCAAAAUAUUUCUUUGGGAAUAAAGCCCACCUGUAUUCAGCCGGCAGAAGCCGUGUCAGGCUCCCCAUACAGGUAAGAGGUUUGUCUCCUGUCAUUCUGUCAUACCCUUAUAGACCUUAGUACAGAAUAAAGUACAUCUAUUAAUCUUAUGACUGAACUUUUCUUUGAAACUCUCCUGCAUGUUUUACUGCAUCCCAAGUGGACAAGCCUUAUAGAAAAUACCUCCCCUGAACCCUGUGAUUCACGUUUGUAAAUCUGUACACAAGACAAUCACUGUUGUGCUUUGUGCACCCCUUAAUUACAGCAAAUGUACGUAUCUUACACUGUCAUUCACAAAUAAUUGGGAAUUCUCAAUAAAUUAUCAAUAACUAUUACUGAACGUUUUAGGGUUAAAUACUUAGAAAUGAUGAUUAUAUUUAAACAAAAAAAAAGCAGCUCAGAAAUGCAAUAGCAAAACUAAUGUUUAGCAGGUUCUAAAUUAUUCUUUCUAUAUUAACUUUUGUGCUAAACUUUUUUUUCCGACAUUCUGGGGCUAACAUAGAAAAACAGCAUCAUGAGUAACACUAUAAUCACUUUUGAAAUUGUUUGAGUGCCUUGUUUAACUUUAUGCACUUAACCCCUUAAGGACUAAACUUCUGGAAUAAAAGGGAAUCAUGACAUGUCACACAUGUCAUGUGUCCUUAAGGGGUUAAACAGCUACAUGGAAAUAGUAAGAGCAUCAUUGCAGCUCUGAAGCAGUAUGAGAGAUGUGUGUGUGUUGCAAAUCAUAGUUAAAGGUGUGGCAAUUGUGUUUUUCCUUGUUCCACUUUUUCAAGGACUAUGUUGCUAAGACAGUUUAUUUCGAACCCAGAACAAGGCUGAUUUUCUAUUUAUUUUUUAUUUUUUUUACAUUUUUGAACAUAGGAAGUUCAACAUUUCCUCGUCACUGAAUAUGGAUGAGCUAAAUCCCCCAAAAACAGUCUGUAUAUUUUAUGAGAUGGGUAUAAGGGCAGAGAGGGAGCAAUAGCAAUAUAACAUAUGGAUACAUAUGGAUACAUGGAAGGAGGCAGGGGGAGUCCAAGCACACAGCCAAUAAAUAUAUGCAGAUGUCUUAAUUAUGACUGUGCUACCUGUAUGAAUUUUAAUUAUCUGCAUGCUACACUGCAUUGGUGACAUAUUCAAAAUACCCUCUGCCUCAAACAUUCACACCUACCCUGUGUUUUCAUAAAUGCAUUAAACCUCUUAAAAUUAAAAUAGACAGUAAUGCACAUUUUCCCAUAGUAAAGUAUUGGAACCACAAAUGAUCCAGGCAAAGCAUUCCACCUACCUAUGGAUAAGGACUUUUUUUUAAAAAGCCUACUAUGACAAAUUGCUGGUUCUAUUAGUUGCAACUUGCAAGCCCCUAAUUCUCAACACAUCAUUGUCAGUAGUGUAGUAGUUUAAGUUACUCAUGGCACAGACUGAAUAGUUAAUUAUUGAACAAUGAUUACUAUAGAUUCAUAAUUAACAGCAAAAUUGAGGCCAAUGAGAUAAAUCAGUGGCCUAAUGUAUCAUAAGUAUAAUAUGUUCCACCUCUAUGUGUUACAGGUUCAAAUCCUGUCAGAGUGGACUCAGCCCUUUAUUCUUCCAAGGUAGAUAACAUGAGUACCAUUAAGUUGGCUAAUAGCAACAUCCCCAAGAUGUACUUGUAAACCAGAGUAAUCACAAUGUACCUUUCCUAUUUGACAUACAUUAUUAUUUCCAUUUACUGCAUACAACAAAUUCACAGUUCUAAAAUUUAGAUUUACAGUGUAUUUAUGUAACACACAUCAUGGUUGUCUAUAUUUUGUGCUAGAUAUAGCUCAGGCAUCUCCAUAUUGUGCCCCACAGAUACUGGAAGCACUUUGAGCAUGAUGGGAGUUGAAACUGACAAUAGGUAACUGCGUGAAUUUGAUUGUACCUGUUUACUAUAUAGCUUUGCUUAGAUUAAUAUUAAUUUGCUCAGUUACUUCAGUUCCAAACAGCAUUAGGUUGUGUUAACUCAAUAUAGACAAUACAUGUGGCACUGUUUUAGUCUGUUUUAGUCAGGUUUCGAUUUAAAUUCCAUUGGUUUUUGAUACAGCAUAUUAUGGGUCUGCCUGCUAGAUUUAUAUGUAAUUCUCAACCCCAACACCCCCACCUCUGGUGUCUGCUUCGUCACUUUUCUCAGUAUUGUGUCUGGAAAUAUUUGUGUAAAAAAAGCUCAGGGGAGUCAGAUAAAGAGUUUCCAUGGAAACCAAUCAAAACUCCAGUUUGCCAAAUCGUGAAUACUAUUAGGACAGGCUUACAGAGGGACCAUGCACAGACCAUGGAGAACAGAACGAGAGAUAAAUGGAAGGAUAAACAGAAAGGGAACAGUAGUUGCGAAAUAGUAAAGACAGGUUGUACUAGUUGUAGGUUAUUAUAGAAAGCAGUGAGUAAUAGAAUGGUGAAAACAAAAUGUAAUUGUGUAUUAGGAUGAAGAUCAGAACAAGAAUAUACACAAAGAGAUUGGAAGUAGCACAGCCAUAGCCCUUAGGCAAUAAACUAGUAGAACAAAUGCUCAAAAACAUGCUGAAAUAGAAUCCUAUUUUUUUUUAAACAAAAUUAUUAUGAGUAGACUAAAGAUACCGUGACAAAAAAAAAUAAGGCCCACUGUGCGUCAAUAGGCCACGUGUUUCCUAGAUAUCUAAAAUAUGCAUGUUGCGUAAUACACAUGAUCACUGCUAAUUUAGUCCUCGAAACAAAAGAACACAUUUGAUCUAUUAUAGAAAGAGGGAACAAAUCAGCAGAAUUUAAACUUAUCUCUGUAUUGUUGCUGUUUCUCUAAAGUACAUUGGAUGUUGAAGCACAUAUUUAUGAUACAUUACAUGGAGACUAAUGCGUUAUCAUUAAUUGUACUCAUUUGCCUCAAAUUUUUCAAUCCGAAAACAUGGAUUUUAACAAGCAAGCAAUGUUAUUACUAUUGAAUAUGCAUCUGUGCUCUUAAAUAUCAUAUAGAGCAGAGUAAGUGAUGAGAACCGCACCCAAUCCCAGCGGCCAAGGGUGCUCCAGAGCAGGACCAGCAAUCCUAGUACAAUAAUCCAAGAGGAAAAAACUCACAGGCACUCCAACUUCAAGCCGCAGGCAGAUUUAUUAUGACAGAAUGCAACGCAACGUUUCGACCGGAAAGGUCUUUUUUCCUCUUAAAUAUCAUAUAAACAAAGUGCCCAGGAGUGUGAAGAUCAAAUUGCUAUGUCUCAUUAAACAGGAUUGACUUAGAAUGGAAUCUGAAGAGGUAGAUUAAGGACAUUUGCCACCCACCUACCCUGAGCUCCCUUAGAGCAGUUCAGGAUGAGAAAAUGAACAGAACCAGAAUCAUCUGAUUGGAAUGUAAAAAAGAUGAAAAUGCCAAAAAAUCUGGAACUCCCCAGCUGUGUAUAAAAUACUGUGUUCAGCUGUUAGAACAACUGGGAGGAGAAGAGAUUUUGGUUGAGGAAGGCAACUCCUAAUAGCUAACUUACCUCACCAGCCAAUGAGUAAUCAUUGGCUUUAAUAUUCAAUAAUGUCAGCACUGAGUAUGCACAGGAAAGAAUGACAUUUGCAAUUUAUUGCUGUCUAUGUUUAAUGGAUUGGCUCAUGCUGACAUAUGCCAUGUACUUAAAAGAAAAAAGAACAUACAUAUUCAUUAUGUAAAAUCAAAGUUGACACAUAAUAUAGGUUAUGUGGGCAUAAUAUUGUAAACCAUUCAUAUAAGUAAAUAACCGACUUGUGCAUUCGGUUUCAAAUUAAUUUUGUUUCAUCCAUAUUUUGGGCGAUAGGCGGAUCAUCUGAACUCCGUAACUCUCUCAUUUACCAUAUGACCAGAUCACAAAUCAAACAAAACGGACAGUGGACAGCCAUUUCUUUUGAUUUGCGAUUCAGAGUUCCGUCUUUGGCGAUAAAAUAAGAGAUGAUUGAUUUAAAAAAAAAUAUGGUUGAUGGUUUGGGAAUAGCCACUAAAUGUUGAUGUUAAUCACAGACCAAAAAAGUGAUUGAUAGAGGGAAAAAGAAGGAGCAGUACAAAAAUCUAUAUUUCUGUAUUAUAUAUUUAAUAAAUACAGAUUCUCUUUUUAAUGCUCAAUUUAUUUUCUCUCUACUGGUUACUUCUUCUAACUUAAUCUGUAAAUCAAAUGGUGGGAAAAUGUGCCUAUCAGUGUACUGCAAAAUAAUGUAAUUUUGACCACGCCCACUAAACUUUAUUUUUUUUUAAACAAUCGAUUCGGCCCGCACUGAAUUCUUGCACUGUGCAAAAGUCUCAUGAAUAACAUAAUCUCCUGGCCUACCAUAGCUCAGUUGGGGCAGACACCUUUAAGUCUUUGGCCAGAACCACAAUUUACCUAAACAAAAAAACAAAGGCAAUACAGAUUAUAAAAGUUACUGCAAAUUCACACAUCUUGGUGUCAUGGAAGUGGCAGAAAUGUAUUCUGAUAUGAUGUGAGUCUUUCAAAUUGCAGAUUGUCUUGGCAGAUAGGUGUUGCUUUUGAUCAAAGUGAUUUAAUAAUUGCUGACCUCAUGGACCAUAGACCAUUAGGCGCCCUGUGUUAAAAAUUUUCACUGUUCCCCCCCCCAAUCUUCACUGGUCAUACACCCUCAUCCAUGUAUGUGUGUGUAUAGGGGUGUAGUGUUUUUAUAGGGGAUUUAUUAAAUUUAUAAUGACUUAAAAAAUAUUAAUUCCCCGUUCCCUGUUACCUCUCUGGUGUUCCAGUGUGCUGGGAAUUUGAUUUGUACCCUUCACCGGGUGCAGACUAUGAGUAACUGUCUUGUUAGCUCAGGCAUUUACAGUGUCAAGGCUUUCCUCUGGUAAUCCGCAGCAACGCACUGAUUGGAAGACAGCUACUUAUAGUCUGCAGACAAUGGAAGUGCAGGCCAGAGGUAUCAGACUGCCUCCCAUGCAUUACAGAGUGGCAGACUAAGUAUGUCACUUAAUACUGUGAUACACAGUUACAGGCAGACAGUCACACACUCACUCAGUUACAGACAGAAAGUCACACACACACUCAGUUGCAGGCAUACAGUCACACACACAGAGUUACAAGCAGACAGUCACACACACUCAGUUACAGGCACACAGUCACACACAGUUACCGGCAGACAGACAGUCACACACACUCAGUUACAGACAGACACACACACAUACUCAGUUACAGACAGACAGUCACACACAGGUACAGGCAGACAGUCACAAAUACAGUUGAAGUCACACACAGGCAAAGUCUCACUGAGAGAGGCCUUCCUGUCAGUCCGGCCAGGUACAGAAAACGAAAGCUUCUGUACCGUGAUCCGCUCCUCUGGGCCACGCUACUAGAGAGGUAGGAGGCACACCAGGAAGGGGAGGGGACCACUAUGGGGGUGAGGGAGGGGAGAGGGGCUGGGGAGGGGAGAGGGGCUGGAUCUGAAAGACACACAGCAGGGCUUAAGAAGCGGAAAAAGAGACACUACAGAGUGGCUGGGAGGGACAGAUGGGCUGGGGUGAAAGAGACACAAAGGAGCUGGGAAGAGCAAAAGACACACAGGUUCUGGGAGAGGAGUCACACAAAGGGGCUUGGAGGAGUAAGACACACAAAAUGUGGGAGGAUGUAAGAGUAAUACAAAGAGGGGAGAUAAGAGACACAGGGGGGUUGUAAGAGAUACACAAGGGAGGUGUAAGACACACAAUGGAAAAAAAUAGGAGAUAAUAUACAUUUAAAAGAAGGGAUAAGAAACACAAAAAGGAGGUUAAGAGGCACACAGGUGAAGAUGUUAUUUUGAGGGGCGUGGGUGGAGAGGGGAGGAAAAAUGCCUCUUCGGCUAUGUACCCAAAAAUCCUUGCCCCGGCCCUGCACUCACACUUUUACCUCUUUCCAUUAUGGAAGGUAAGUGGAGUGGAAGCAAUGCAGCUCUUGUAGAUUAGUUGUUGGGAAACAUGUUUAGCUCCUUCUGCACACCUGUCACCUGGCCACUUCUGAGCUGUGUCAGCCGCAUGGCGCCCCCUGCUCUAUGGCACCCCGUACGGCCGCACAGCUUGCACACCCCUAAGGCUGGCCCUGCCCAUAAAGCAAUGGUAAGAUGCACUGAAAAUAAUAUGAUAUGAGAGAAUGCAAAUUUUUUUAUAUUGAAAUAUUUUUUAAAUAUUACAUAGUUUUGAUAUUUUACUAUUUUGAGAAAAAUCUUUUUAAAAGUUACCAAAAAUGUUAAAUUGAGGCUAUAAUCAGUUAAUAAAUAUGAAACUCUGCAUUUUUAAAACUGAUUUUUAUUUUUUCUUAAAGGAAACAAAACUAUAAUCCUAACACUAUAUUGUGUCUCUGCCUUUGCUGCACUCCCCCCAUCUCGUCCCUUCCCCCUCCCCCAUAGCCAAGUAAGUUUUUUUCACUUACCUGAUUCCAGCACCGAUGUUCCUUGAUGCUGAAUUGGGAUCUUCCUCCCGCAACAUCACAGUGAUCCAAGAACCUUAUGCGUGUUUGUAACUGUAUUCCUAACGCUAUAGUGUCCUUCUGUCCUAAGGUUAUUGACCUACUCCCUUUGGUGUUAACAGGAUUAAAAAACCCUUUUAACACUUAACUAUUUCUAGUGCCGAGGUCCUUCCAAAGUUGGCAAUGUGGAGAAAACUAAUGUGCACAUGCCUUGAGCCUUCACCAUAGGAAAGUAUUACAUCAAUGCUUUCCUGUGGAGUUUUCUAAGAUGCUGGGCGUCCUCAUGCAAAGCAUAUUUCUUUUUUGUCAAUGUAAAUCCAGUGCUUGGAUAAAGUAGAUCUAACUCCCUACUAAUGAUGGCUGCUCCUUCAUCUUCCAUCCAAUAGUGCACAUAUAGGAAAGAGAAAAUAUCUUCCUGAUCGGGAAGAAACCCACUAGAGGUGAAUUUAACCCUGUAAUGUAAACAUUGCAGUUUCUAAAAAAACUACAAUAUUUUAGAUUAUAGGUGUUAAAACGACAGGACCACUGCAUCCAGACCACUUAAUUGAGAUGAAGUGGUUUUGUGUGAACUUAGUGGUCUUUUAAAGAGCCCCAGAAGGACGAUUUAUGGGUGGGUAUAUGGGAGGUUGCUAGGAAAGUCUCGAUCAGUGAUAACCUACAGGAACAAAUGUUUCAAAUGUACACCACCUCUGGUAAAUAGUUUUAUAUGGGCAGAACCCCAGAAGACCUCUGUUAACAGACAUGUGAGCUUAAGGGCAUGUUUUGUGCAUACAUGUGUCUGGUGGGUGGACUUGUCCUGUGGUGGUCCAAUAUUCGCACUUACUGUCUCUGCUAUAUCACCUUUCAAACUGUAUCCAUGCUCCUUAGAGGGCCUGUUUAUUCAUCACCAAAAGCUAUUUAAUAAAAAAAAACAUAGGGUAUUGUCAUGCACAGUAUAUCAUUGCACUCCGUGACUUCUUCAGUCCUUGAGGUCAAAGCCAAAAAUGCUGCGAAUUGCCUCAAGGGCAGGCUUACAGCACUUGCACAUAACCCCUCCCCUCCUUUGAAAAGAUUUUGUCUUGGGAUGAUUUUACUGUUUAAGUGCUUUGUCCUCCGUGGCUUGUUUUCUUGUGGGUUUUUUUCUCGCUCUCUUUUUUGACAUUUGGUGUAUCCAUGUUUUUAACCUUUACACUUAUGUUGUGAUUAAAUAAAGAAUUUAAAAAACAAAACAAAACUGGAGAUUUCAAUAGAAAUUGGCAUUUUCAUAAUAUCUAGGAUACACCAUCCCAGCGCAGAAGUAUGAUUGCUAUACAUGCACCCUCCAUUGUAAUGCUUCUACGAGAAGUAUUCCAUUGUGAGUGGAGCCUCGCUGCAGAGAGUGGACCAUCUCAUUGCUGGAUUAGAGGUGAACUAAUUAUUUAUUCUACAGUGGAAAGGGAGGGGGCAGUGAUCUAAAAGGGUAAGGUAUUUAUACACAACGUUAGAGUGUUCCUUCAAACAAGAUGCAAUCUAUAAAUUCUUCCGAAUUAAUGCAUCAGUAUGUGUUAAAUAGAUCAAAAUAAACUAGAAACGUUUGGAAAAGAUAAGCUGACAGCAGUUGUAAAAACUAAGUUUUUAUUUUGUUUGAUCUACAGCAGCAGAUAAUGAAAAUGUAGUGUCAGUCUAUUUUAAUAAGCUUACUUAGAAUGGCAAAAAUUUCAAAGCAAAUCAAUGCACACUGAAGUGGUUUUUUUUUUGUGGUCAUGUAUGAAUGUUUACAUCUUGUCUGAGGGAUAGUAUAAGCACCAAAACAACAUUAGCUUUAUAAAGCAGUUUUGGUGUAUGUAUCAUGCCCUUGCCACCUAACUGCUCAAUUCUUAUAAUUUAAUAGUUAAAUCACCGUUUAUGCAAAUCUAGCCUUGCCUCCUUGCAUGUGACCUGCACAGUCUCCCUAUACACUUUGCUCACUGCUUUCAUGUUUAAACUUUCUAUAUUGUACAUUCUGUUUAAUUUAGAAAUACUUGUCUCCUUUUCUGUUGAUAGCCUGCUAGAGCCUUCAGGAGCAUCCUGUGUGUGAUUAACGUUCAAUUUGCAGAGCAGGAAAAUAAAGGACAGGAGACAAGAACAUCUUAAGUAAACACAUUGGGCUGUCACACCUGAAAAUAAAAUCAGUUUGCAUAGAUGAUAUGGGAGUCUCAGCCAGGGAAGGUGUAGUUAGUGCAGCACAAACAGAAACAACAGUGAUUUAACUCCUUAAGCAUGAUCUAUACACUAAAACUGCAUCACUAAGCUAAAGUUGUUUUGGUGCUGAGUGUCUAUUUAGUGAAUAUUGCAUCAAAUUCAGGGUACUUGUUCUAAAUCAUGCCUAGUAUGGUAUAUAGUCCUGAAAUAUUCUGAUCUACCAGAUACCAAACAGCUUUAAUGCAAAUAUGAGGGGAACAAAAUUUAUCAUACAUAAAGCAUUAACAAUUGUUUCACUGUAAAUGGUAAGGUUCAGAGAGUAUCCUGUUUUCUUGUAUCCUUUUCUCAAGUAUUUUACAACCACUGCAAUUUGUAAACAUUGUUGCAGCUAUAACACUGCCCUUGGAUCCGUAGAUCAAACUUUACUUCUUACUUAUCAUUGCAACUUGAGAUGUUCGGAAAGCCUUGUUCAUAAAACUGUAAAUCAAGUUAUAAAUAGGCUGAUAGUAGUAUGGCUGCUAUCAGUUAAUCAGUUCCACUAUCCCUUAGACCAGUGAUGGCGAACCUUUUUGAGCCCGAGUGCCCAAACCGUAAUACAUGCCAAUUUUUUUUUCUCAAAGGGCCAAAACGGCAAUUAAACCUGAAUACUAAAGUUUAAGUUUAUAAAAAACAACUCAUACAGUUGUACGAACUAAUUAACAUCUCUGUGUGUGUAUUAAGCAGUUUGUGUGUGUGCUCGGCAGUCUGUCUGUAUGUGUAUUAAGCAGUCUGUCUGUAUGUGUCUUAAGCAGUCUGUCUGUAUGUGUAUUUAGCAGUCUGUCUGUGUACUUAGCAGUCUGUCUGUAUUUAGCAGACUGCUGAAUACACACACAGACUGCUAAAUACACACACACACACACACACACAGACUGCCGAGUACACACACACACACAGACUGCUGGGUACACACACAGACUGCUAAAUACACACACACAUAGACUGCUAAAUACACACACAUAGACUGCUGAGUACACACACACAGAGACUGCUGAGUACACACACAGACUGCUGAGUACACACACACACACAGACUGCUGAGUACACACACACAGACUGCUGAGUACACACACACACAGCUAAGUACACACACAGCUGAGUACACACACACACAGACUGCUGAGUACACAGACUGCUAAAUACACACACACAGACUGCUGAGUACACACACACACACAGAGACUGCUAAAUACACACACACAGACUGCUGAGCACACACACACACACACACAGACUGCUGAGCACACACACACAGAGACUGCUGAGUACACACACAGACUGCUGAGUACACACACACACACAGACUGCUGAGUACACACACACAGACUGCUGAGUACACACACAGACUGCUGAGUACACACACACACAGAAUGCUAAACACUCACACAGACUGCUGAGUACACACACACAGACUGCUGAAUACACACACACACACACACACACAGACUGCUGAGUACACACACACACACACACAUACUGAUGUGGGGUGGUGUGUGUGUGGGGGUGGUGGUGUGGGGGUGUGUGCGUGUGGGGUGGUGUGUGUGUUUGUGUGGGGUGAUAUGUGUAGGGCAGGGGUGCUGUGUGUAUGUCAUCCCCCUUUCCCCCUCCCACACUGUUUUCUCCCCCCCCACUAUUUUCUUUUCCCCCAUCCCUCCCUCAUUUUUCCCCCCAUCCCUCCCUCAGUUUUCUUCCCCCCCAUCUCUCCCUCAGUUUUCUCCCCCCAUACCUCCCUCACUUCUCCCCUCCCAUCUCUCCCUCAGUUUUCAUCCCCCCCCUCCUUGAUCUCCUACCUUGUAGCGUGGCCGAGCGCACCGCGGAGCUCAGUUUCCUGUACCCGGCCGGACAGGAAGUGCUCUCUCUGUGAGCACUUCAUUUCCGUCCGCCCGGGUACAGGAAACAUAAGCGCACCCUCCCUCCAGCGACCUGUGGCCGCGUGCCCAUAGAGGGGGCUCGGCGUGCCACCUGUGGCACGCGUGCCAUAGGUUCGCCAUCACUGCCUUAGACCUCUGCUGGAAAGGCAUUCAUGGCAUAAAGAAAAUCCUUUGCCCAAAAUAAGAGGCUUUUGAUUGAUGGAGACUCCUCUGGGAUCUAGGAGGCAUGUAGUGCUUGACAAAACUAUGUAUUAAAAAUGGAGGUAACGUCAUGCUACUUUGGUCUAUCAAUGAGCAACAUACCACGGUCUUAAAGGGACACUGUAGGCACCCAGACCACUUCAGCUAAUUGAAGUAGUCUGGGUGCUGUGACCCUUUUACCAGACAGCCACUGGAGGGCUUCAGGAAUCUAAACUGACUUUUGGUCCAUUAUCUGACGCUGGAGGUCCUCUUGGACCUCCAGCGUCAGAUUUUCCCCAUAGGAAAGCAUUGACUAGGUCUCCCAAUGGCUGACGGCGGGGGAGGAGCAUGGGCCGAGGGACAUUGGCGCUGGGUUCAGGUAAGUGGCUGAAUCCACACAGGAGGUGGGCCCCGAGGGAUUGAGGCUUUGUUUUCCUGGCACUAUAGGGUCCCUUUAAUAAGAUUUCCAAGUGUAUGUUUUUCUUCAGCUUCAGUGGCACUAUUGCGUCAUAGCUAUUUAUUUGAAAAGUUAAUCACAGAAUAUUCCAUGGCCAGUUAAGUUAUGUAAAAAACAAAAAGAAACAGCCUGUUCCUUAAAAAAUGCUUUAAUGUACACUGUUAAAUAAAAUAUUUGGUUAAUACUUAUUUUUUGUUUCUUCCUUCAUUUUUUGCUUGAAGAAGGUGACUAUGAGAGCCUGGAUAGUUCUACUAUUACCCUUCAUCCUGGUUUUGGUAAUCGAGGUAAAUGCUCAACGGCGUAGGCCUAAGCCAACUGUAGUACGUCCAACAAAGAGACCAACCCCCCUUCCACCAGAACCUGCUGAACCCACUGAUCUACCCCCUCCACUUCCUCCAGGACCUCCAUCUGUGUUUCCUGAUUGCCCACGAGAAUGUUACUGCCCCGCUGACUUCCCUACUUCUAUAUAUUGUGAUAGUCGCAACCUGCGCAAAGUGCCAAUAUUACCUUCCCGCACUAGGUAUGUCUAUCUGCAAAAUAAUUUCAUUAAUGACCUGCAAGAAGAUUCCUUCAAAAAUGCCACUGAGCUGCAAUGGAUCAACUUGGACAAUAACAAAAUUAAGAAAAUUGAGAAGAAAAUCCUAGAGAAAUUAGACAACCUUACUUACUUGUAUAUGGAGAAAAAUCAACUGAAGGAGAUACCAUCUUAUCUGCCUCCUAAAUUGGAGCAGCUCCGUCUCAGCCGUAAUCAGAUCUCCAAGAUACCCUCUGGUGUCUUCAGUAAGAUGGAUCACCUGAUUUUGCUGGAUUUGCACAACAACAAGCUAAGUGAUGGGGUAUUUAACAAGAAUACAUUUAAGGGCUUAAAGAACCUCAUUCAGCUGAAUCUUGCUCACAACAUUCUGCGAAAAAUGCCUCCAACAGUUCCAGAGAGUGUUAAUCAGCUGUUUCUAGACAGGAAUAACAUUGAAGACAUUCCCAGUGGCUAUUUUAAGGAGCUUCCCAACCUGGUCUUCCUACGGUUAAAUUACAAUCAACUGUCAGAAAAAGGGAUACCCAAAAACACUUUCAACAUCUCCAGUCUCCUGGUAUUGCAGCUCUCCCACAACAAACUUAGUGUGGUCCCACCAAUUAACGCUAAUCUAGAGCAUCUUUACCUGAAUGAUAACAUCAUUGAAAGUAAGUUGCAUUUGCAGGUUUUUCCACUUUAAUUUCUAUUCUAGUUACAAAUAGUUUUUCUAAGCAGAACCCCUUUUAAGUGACCUUUCACAGUCAUACUCUUAAGAUCUUAAAUGUAAUUGUCUAAUUAACCCACUCUUCCUUUUACACAUACCAUUGUCAAAAAAUUAAAUGUUUCUGCAAAUAGGGUUAUCUCUUCCAAUACACAGAGAAAAGAUUCAGGGAGAUAGGAUUUCCCAAACACAUCCUGGGAGUAAAGCCAAACUAUGAAUGGUGUUAUAAUUAAAUAAUAGCAAUAACACAAGUAUAAAAGGAGUAAUAGAUGCCGUGCCAAAAGAUUACAGGAAAUCUUUCUAUGAAUGUAAUUUGUCAUAGCAGGUGGGAUUUUACUACGUGUUCGGUUAGGAAACUAUGACGAAGGUCUGCAGGUGAAUGCUUGCAUAGCCUUAUCCAAUGUUGCCGUGAGUACCUGUGUUAGUUAUCUAAGUAUUAUUGUUUGCUUUCAGUAUUAACAGAAUAAAGCUGUUGGUGCAGUUAGAAAAUUAGAAAAGUUGAAAAGGGCUUAGGAUUCACAAAUUUUAGUUUGUGAAUUUGGAAUAUUUAAAGAUCUAGCAGUAAUAGAUAUCUGAUAGUAAUGAAGGUCAGGCAAAUAUAGUCUAAAUUGCUUUUGUAUGGCCAAACAAAAAACCCUACAGAAGAAUCAACAAUUCUCAGUUACUUGUGAUAGAUAUUGAACAUUGCCUAUAGAGAUACAUUUCUUCAAUGUAUCUCUAUGAGGAGAUGCUGAUUAGCCAGGGUGGCGUUUAGCUCCCCAUCCGGCCCCGGCCUGCUUGGCUGAAAUUUUUAGAAUUGACAAUCUUCUAAUGGAAAUCAUUUUGAUUGGCUGAGGCCAUCACUUCUGAUGAUGUCAGCUAAGGAGGCAGAUCGGGGGCAGAGCCAGCACCAGUGGACUGGAACAAAUGUAAGAUGUAACUAUAUUUAGUUGGGCCAGUGGGGCUAUAUAGUGUUUUUUUUUUUUUUAAAUAUAAAUAUCAGCCGAUCAAGUUGUACAAUGCUGACAUAGACAUGGAAGUCUAAAUAAUGUAUUAUCAAUGCAGCUAAGGAAGGAUGGUUUACAAAUACACAUACAAUCAGAUGACAACUUACAAGGUUCAAAUUUACUGAUAUCCUCAGCUGUAGUGGUAUGUUGCUUCUUCUGGACCUUUAACAUUUUCCAGCAUUUUUAUGGGUAAUGCCAUUUGUAAUACACUAAUAGCAGUAUAAAUACAGUCUAACUAGAAGUCCAAUUUGCCAUUUUUAGCAACAUGGGUUUGAUAGACUUACAUUCAUGAAAUAAAUUCAGACAAUAUCCACAGACUGAAUAUACACCAUCAAAUAAAACUAUAUUAAUGGAGUCUAACAUCCAACCAGAUUGAAUAUACAUUUGUUCAAAAUCUUCCAUUAUAGUUUCCUACUGUGUAUUUUCCAUUGCAUUCAUCCAUAUGAAUGUAAAACAUAUGUCAGAAUGUUUGCAUAUGAACAUUCUCUGAGUGAACGUGUCAGAUGUUCGUGUUGUGAUCAAUGUGAUGAAACUUGCAGCAGUCCCUUUUACUAAUUACUGUUAGGAGGCAAGGAAGAUAAAAUUAGAUAAAGAUUGAUAAAAACAGUAGAAAUACAGCUUUUAUAGAAUUCUGAACCUGCCUUGAAAAAAAAUAUUUAUUCUUUUUAAAUCAUAUAAAUAAAGGCAGGGUUUCCUUCCAUUUAGUAGUAAAAUAUGUUUUGUCCCACAACUUAAAGCCAUUAUUUCUUAGCAUCAAGCAAGAACAAUACACCUACACUAAAAUGAUCCAGGUUUCCAUCUGUCUAGCCAAAUAUCCGCAAGGAUUAUCACCUUCCUAAAAUUAAAAGACAAAGAUCAGCAUAAGUUUCCAUGCAUUUGUAAGGAAUCAGAAAAAAAAAUUAUAUUCUUUGAGAUUUGUACAAAUAAAAAUAGGUGUAACCAGUAAAAAAAAAAAAAGUAUAAGACUCGGUUGCUAGGAUCUGCCAAGCCUUGUUCUCCAAAAUGUGUAAAGCUGCACGCUACUUUUUGUAACAGUAUUCUUGUUGUCCACUUCAAUAUGCGUUUUGUUUUGUUUUCUUCCUGUAACAAUACAUCAAAUGUGGCUUUAAAUGUCAUAGCCCAUUAAGUCGAAAUUCCAGUUACGGGUACAACAAGAGAAGAGAGUAAGCGCUAAUUAACAAUUGGCAACCCUAAAAAAGGGGGAAUCCCUCACAACCCUUUUAAAAUACAGAAAGAGUGAUAAAAGAGAAGUAAGGCUGUGCCAAAGUCCUAUAGCAAUAUAUAAUCCAAUAUAAAAAGUCCAAAUAUAAGUGAAAGAGUCUAAAUAGAAUGAUCUUACUCAGAUAAUGAAUAAAGUGCUUGAUCGAGUGUAAUAUCCUCACUAUCUUUAUCCGGGAAGAUCCACUGAUAUGAAAGAAAAUAAAUAAGAGGAACUAAGUAGUGUAAUAUUUACAGUCCAUUAUAUUCGUUAUGUGGAAGAGAUAGUAAUAAACUCACAUUUGUUAGAGUUAUAGCUAGCUCUAGUGUGAAGGGCGCACAGUGGUAUAAUCCUCGCUUAUCGGAUAUGCAGUAUGCUUCUUCCGUCAGGGGUAUGUUCAACACUCAGGAGAAGGGUAAAAAGAGACAACUAAUAGUGCUCACUGAAUAAAACAGCAGUAAUAAGAUAAAUAAAAUAGUACUCACAAGCGAAGAGUAGGCUAACUGCUCUUUGAUGACAGCGUUGGUGGUAAGAUCCCCACCUAGGAUUUCUUGGAGUACAGGAUGUUUAAAACGCCAGGUUAAAAAUAAAAUCAAUAGAAAGUGUAUUAAAAGAAUAUUGGCACAAGUAUUAGAAAUACAUUGAGUUACUUUAGAAGGUGCAGCGGGGUCAGUAGUUUUACAGACUAUACAAAAUUAACAUUUACAGAAAAUUUUAGUUUGGGGAAAGAAAGAUAGAGUUUGUUUAUUUGAGGCUUCCCUAGGAAAAUUUGUGGUUAAAAUUGAUUGAAAAAUUACCAUAUUUGGGUGUUCGGGUAUGAUUUGGCUAAGUGUUUCAACCCUAAAUCCCUUUCCUCAGAUGUUGAGGUCAGAUGUUGAGGUUAGGACGCAAUCAAAUAUUCUAUACUCUGCCCUUGGGUUUUUACAUCCGAGAUGCAUUAUCUUGCACUUAUCCACAAUAAAUGUCAGUUGCCAUAACUCUGACCAUUUUUCUAGUUUACCUAAAUCAUUUGCCAUUUGGCUUAUGCCUCCUGGAACAUCACCCCUGUUACAUAUCUUGGUAUCAUCAGCAAAAAGACAUACCUUACCAUCAAGACCUUCUGCAAUAAUCACUAAUAAAAAUAUUAAAGAGAAUGGGUCCAAGUACAGAUCCCCACUGGUGGCAAGCCCAUGCUUCAAAUAUACUCCAUUGACAGCCCUCUGUUGCCUGUCACUCAGCCACUGCUUUACCCAUUCAACAAUAUUGGAAUCCAAACUUAAAGAUUGCAGUUUAUUGAUAAGCCUUCUAUGUGCAACAGUGUAAAAAGCCUUACUAAAAUCUAGGUAAGCAAUGUCUACUGCACCACCCUGAUCUAUUAUUUUAGUUACCCAAUCAAAAAAAAUCAAUAAGAUUAGUUUGGCAUGAUCUCCCUGAAGUAAACCCAUGUUGUCUGUGAUCUUGAAAUUCAUGUGAUUUUAGAUGUUUAACAAUCCUAUCCUUUAACAUGGUUUCCAUUACUUUCCCCACUACUGAAGUAAGUCUUACUAGCCUAUAGUUGCCCUCUUGUGAAUGGGCACAACAUUCUCUAACUUUCAAUCUUCUGGGACUACACCUAUUUUUUUACUGCCUGUGCUAUUUUCUCUUCUGUGUGUGAUUUGGUAGCUCUUAUAAGUUGCUUAGCCUCUUUCUGCCUAAUCUUAUCGAUAAUUCUGUCUUUGUCGUUCUGUUUUUUUUUUAUAAUUAGUAAAUGCUAACUUUUAGUUUUUUACUAUUUUGGCCACAUCUGUGGAGUACCACAGUGGUUUCUUGAAUUUUUUGCUUUUACUAACAACACUAAUGCAAUUUUCUGUUGCCUUCAGCAGUGCAACUUUUAAAAAAUCCCAUUUCUCUUGGACUCCAUUUAAAUUGUUUCACUCUGAUAAUGACUCCUUUACACAUAUUCUAAUUUUAGAAAAGUCUGUUUUUUAAAGUCUAAAACUUGUUUUUGUGUGGUGUGACUCAGUCACUGUUCUUAUAUUAAACCACACUGACUGAUGAUCACUGGAUCCAAAAAUUUUACCCUAGAGAAAUAUCUGAUACCAAAUCUCAAUUUGUUAACACUAAAUCUAGUAUGGCCUCUUUACAAGUUGGCUCCUCAACGACUUGUUUUAAAGACAAUCCCAGUAGGGAGUUUAGAAUAUGUGUGCUCCUGGCACAAGCAACUAUUUUGGUUUUCCAAUUCACAUCAGGAAGAUUAAAGUCACCCAUGAUGAUAACUUCCCCCUUCAUUGUCAUUUUAGAUAUUCCCUCAACUAGUAGAUUAUCUAACUCUUCUAUUUGUCCUUGGGGCCUAUAAAAUCACACAUACACGCAGGGCAGGCACUUCCUAUAAGGCGAACUAGGCAGCCGCCUAGGGUGCCAAAUAGGAGGGGCCGCCCUGCGCCCCCAUUGCCAGCCCUUUAAAUGAUGCAGCUGCCUGAGCGCUCUAUAGAGAGCCUCAGGUGGCUGCAGCACUGCCUCUCUUCUCACCUCCCCUUCCUGUAGCGUGGCCGAGCUCCUCUUCGGUCCGCAGUCCCGGCCGGACUGAUAGGAAGUGCACACUCAGUGUGUACUUCCUGUCAGUGCGUCCGGGUACAGGAAACAGAAACUCCUGUACCACGGACCACAGAGGAGCUCGGCCACCCACGCUACACGAUGGAAGGGGAGGUGAGUAGAACACAGGGAGGGUGGAAAAGAAGAACCGGGGGAGGGGAGGGAGUAAGAAGAAGAGGGGAGGGGAGUAAGGGAGGGGGGAGUAAGAAGAAGAGGGGAGGGGGGAGUAAGAAGAAGAGGGAGGGAGGGGAAGAAGAAGGGGAGUAAGAAAAGAAAACAGUAAGUAGAAGAGGAGAGGGAGAGGGAAGAAGAGGAGAGGGGAAAGAAAGAAGGGGGAGGGGGAGUAAGAAGAAGGGAGGUGGUAAGAAGAAGGGGAGGGAGGAAGAGAAGGGAAGCUAAGAAAGGGAAAGGGAAGUAGAAAGAAGAAGGGGGAGGGGGGGAGUAAGAAGAAAGGAGGUGGAGUAAGAAGAAAGAGGGGGAGGGAGUAAGAAGAAGAGGGAGUGGGGAGUAAAGAACAGGGAGGGGGAGUAAGAAGAACACAGGGAGGGGAGUAAGAAGAACGGGGAGUAAAAAGAACACAGGGAGCGGGAGUAAGAAGAAAACAGGGAGGGGGUGGGGAGAAGGGGAGAUGAGAACACAGGGGGGAGUGAGAAGAACACAAGGGGGUGGAGUGAGAAGAACACAAGGAGGGCGGGUAAGGAGAAGGGGAGGUGGGGAGAACACAGGGAGGGUAGGGGGCAGAGAAGAACACAGGGAGGGAGGGCGUGGGUGUGAGAAGAACACAGGGAGGGUGGGUGGGUGUGAGAAGAGACCACUAGGGAAAGGUGGGUGGGGAAAGACCACUAAGGUGCAGGGGAGAGCUCUAAGGGACAGAAGGAAGAGCUCUAUAGGACAGGGGGCAGGACAGGGAGCUCUUUCACACUACGCGCACACACACACACACACACACACGCACACAAAGCAUCCCUAUACAUACACAGAAGCACACAAUGGUUCCCUUACACACAGAGAAACACACAAUGCAUCCAUUACACACACACACAAUGCAACCCUUACACACAAAGACAAUGCAUCCUUUGCACACAUACACAGAAACACACAAUGCAAACCCUUACACACACACUGCUUUUCUUACAUACACACAGAAACACAAUGCAUCACUAACACACACUCAAUGCACACACUUACAGACACACACCUUGUACCCCUUAUGCAUACAAACACAGAUUCACACAAUGCAUCCCUUACACACAACCAGAAACACACAAUACAUCCCUUAUACACAAACACACACUGCUUCCACUACACACAAACACACUGCAUCACCUACACAAACUGGUAUCCCUAUACACUACAUUCCAUAAACAUACACAUUAGAUCCUCUACAAUAACACAUAACACAUCACCUACACACUCCACUCCCUGUCAGUGAACUCAUGAGUGGAACAUAUAGGUGGACUUAUGGGUGGGCCUUAUGGGCAUACUCACCAUCAGGCCCUUUCUCCCAGAACAUUGAAUUUUGUGACCACAGUUACAAACAGCUUCCAGAGAUCCUGUUCUACACCAAACCAGUGGAGCCAAACUGCAGCCAGAGCCCAUCACCAUCCUCAUCUGGUUGUAAGUAGGCAAUCUAGUAUAUUAUUAGUGACACUAAUCUCUAAUUUACCUCACAUUAAAGGGACACUAUAGUCCCCAGAACCACUGCAGCUUAAUGAAGUGGUUCCGGUGUCUAUAGCCUGUCCCUGCAGGCUUUUUAAUGUAAACACACACUGUGUGCAGCACUGGCGUUAGUUUUUUAUUAUUAUUAUUAUUAUUAUUAUCAUUUAUAUAGCGCCAACAGAUUCCGUAGCGCUUUACAAUAUUUUGAGAGGGGGGAUGUACCAAUGAAUAGGACAAUUACAAGACAACUUACAGGAACAAUAGGUUGAAGAGGACCCUGCUCAAAUGAGCUUACAGACUAUAGGAGGCGGGGUAUUAGAAACAUUAGGACAAGAAAUAUCAAGUAGGAGUGAGGCAGAGCUGGAGGAGAGAGCAAAGCACUGUCCCAUAGGAGAGAGCAGGAGACAGGUAUGUAAGGUAGAGAUUACUCUGGGAGGCCAUAAGCUUUCCUGAAGAGAUGGGUUUUAAGGCUCUUCUUAAAUGAUUGAAGACUAGGGGAUGGCUGAUGGCAGUAGGCAAGCUAUUCCAUAGGAGAGGAGCCACCCGCGAGAGGUCCUGCAAGCGCGAGUUGGCCGUACGGGUGCGAGCAGCGGUGAGGAGGUGGUCACGGGCAGAGCGGAGGGUACGAGGAGGGGCAUAUCUAUGGAUUAGUGAAGAGAUAUAAGCGGGGCUAGAAUUGUUUAUAUGACAGAUCAUAUGGGUGGGGCAUUGUGAUGUCACAUGGGGGGAGUGGGCAGACAUUUUUUCUUUUGCCUAGGGCGGCAAAAAUCCUUGCACUGGCCCUGGAUACAAUAUGGGUUUUAAUGUACCUUUAAAUGUGUUAAAUACUAGAGGAAAUAAUUGAGCAAUUCAAUAUUGCCAUUAUUCUGCCAUACCCGCUUGAAACUUGCACUAAUGCACACCCUACACAGACAUGCACUUACACACAUACACAUAAAUGCAUGCACUCAGACAUUUACACACUGCUAGUUUGGAAGUUGUAUGAUUGGGGGCACUUGAGAAUUCUGUUCCUACAGGUGAUUGUGAUGUAAAUUCGGCCACAUAAACCUAGAGUAGUGAGUUACACAAAUGUUCAACCAUUGUACGGAACUUGUUGGCUUUUUAUAAAUUAUUAUAAUAUUCAAUUUUUUAUAUACUGGUUGAGAAUAGGAGAACCCAACGUGCAGUAUAGGCAAAGGAGGAAUUAGAGAAGAAAGUUUUUGAAAAAUUGGUAUAAUGGUAAAAAUGGGGAGAAUCAUAACAGAAGUCAGAAGUAUUACAGUAUUUUGAGAAAACGUAGGGAGAAUGGUGAGGUCUUUGUCUUGGAACAUCUAACUAAAGACUUUCAACUGGACACCAAAGAUUCCAAAAUAUCAGAUAUUUAAAUUAAUGAUAGCACCAAGAUAUGCUGGGAAGCUUUCACAUCUUGCACAUUUUAAAUUAAAAAAAACAUUUUCAUACAAUUUUUAUGUUUGCCCUCUAUGGAAGUUCUAAGUUUUUAUGAAGGAAAUUUAAUCUAGCAGACAGUUAUUGCAUGAGAAGCAGUUAAGGCACUAGCAUUUAAGGAUCCUUGGCUCGAAGCAUUUACGACACUCAAGGCAGAAUUAAUAUACCUUACAAUAUAAUGCACCACCAGAAUGAUAAUGAAGUGUUGGUGAUUAAAGGAAAAGCCUUCACUCUAUAUGUAGGAGCAUUAAAUUUCUUCAGUCACAGAUCUACUUCCAGCCAGCUUACUGGUCUGUGCCCUGGCUGGAAAACAUGCAGAUAAAACUCUCACAUACUUUGUCACAGCAGAGAUGUUAUCAUCCAUAGCAAUUUACUAAAAAGCCACAAAUGUUAUAUAGUAUGCUGCCAAACAAUGUAACUUUAAAAAAAGGAAAUCUAUGUUCAAGAAAUAAGAGGCAUUAACGUAGAUCAGGGAUAGGCAACCUUUGGCACUCCACAUGUUGUGGACUACAUCCCCCCUAAUGCUCUUACACACAUAAUGCUGGCAAAGCAUCAAGGGAGGUGUAGUCCAAAAUAUCUGGAGUGCCGAAAGGUUGACUAUGCCCGAAUUAGAUAUACUGUACUUUGCUUAAAUUCUUUCUGGUGCAUGUAGCUGCAAUCUUUUAAUUUUCUUGGAUAGAGGACUGGAUUUCCCAAUAGGCAGAGUAGGCACCUAUCCUGCAAGGGGCACUUAUAAAGUGUAAUUUUGGAGAUUAGUUGGGCUUGUGAAGGGAGAUACGCAUAAGGAACCUUGGCCAGUGUCCUCUGUAGUCCAGUCAGACUCUAAAGCUUGAUAGAAGAGCUGCAGGGACAUGUAUCGAGGGAUUAAAACUCAGUGCUGUCCCAGCUCCUCCAGUGUCCUUCUCUGAGGCUAGACAGGAAGUGGAAGGAAUCACUUCCCAUUUGCCCACCAACAGCCUCUAACACAGGAAAUGCUUUGCAGGGGGAACAGUGAUGCAAACACAGUGGUUCCCAAACUUUUUAGGUUCAAGGCACCCUUAGUAUUUCAAUUUUUUUCUAAUGCAGCCCAAGUCAAAAAAAAUUCUAGGUUAUAUUUAUGUACAGCGCUGUGGCAAAUGCUGGGCCCCUGUUCGGCAGAAAUGCUUGCCGUUCAGGCACAGACAGAGAGCCUAAUCUUGGGAGUGGCAUUGAUAGAUUAUUUAAAGAAACAAUCCAGGCACAAUAACCACUACAUUACAUUGUAGUGGUUAUGGUGCCAGUAGUGCCGUCGUGCCCUCCCAGGGUAAGUAACUUACUUGGGGUCUGCCUGGUUAGGGGCUGUAGUGUGUGUGGUACAGGGGUGUAUUGUGUUUGUCAAGAAUGUAGUGUGUUUGUGUGUGAGGGGUGCAGUGUGUGUGUAUGUGGGGCAAUUUGUGCACGAGGGGUACAGUGUGUGUGUGAGGGGUAAAGUGUGUGUGUUGGGGGGCAGGUUUUGUGAGGGGUACAGUGUGUGGUUGUAUGGGAGGGCAAUGUGUAUGGGAGGGCAAUGUGUAUGUAUUGGGGGGGCAGUGUGUGUAUAUAGGGAUAAUUGUUUGUAUGGGGAGGAGUAUGUGUCCAUGGGUGAGUAGUGUGUGUGUAUGGGGGGGAGGUAUUGUGUGGUGUGAGGUCUGUGGGAGUAGGAGGGAAAAUUAAUAAAUAUAUACUUUCUUUCUUUUUUUUAAUUAAAAAUAAAAAUGAUAUCCCUCCUCCCUGCUUACCUUUGACUGGGAAGGGGGAUAUUUCUUGCAAUCCCUGGUGGUCCGGUGGAGAAGCUCUGGCAGUCUUAGUGGUGACAGUGAACUCUAGCAGACUCAAAAGCUGCUAGAGUUCACUCACACGAAAUUUGGAGCAUUGCUGUGGUAAUCGCGACAACGCUCCAAGCGCGCGAGACGAGAACUUGGCAGAGCUGCAUGUUAGAGCUCCCCCCGGGUCCUCUCUCUCUCAUUUCCUGCCGGCUGUCAGCAAAGUGCUAUCGGGCCAGAGAGGGAGAUCUCUGAUCUCCCCUCUGGUCCUGAAGAGCCAAUAGGGGAGAGUGAGGCACAGUGAAGCAAAUAUCUCACGGCACCCCUGUGUGACCCGGGGCACUGCGGCACACAGUUUGGGAACCACUGGUAUAACAGCUCUUGCAGUUCGUCUAUCUAUAUUAGAAGGGUGAUUCUACAAAGAUCCAGUGUAGCGGAGAUACAAUAUUCCCCAGGUUAUCUCCGCUUAAGAUCCCAGUGAGGCUCAGGAACAAGUAAAUUAUAAAUCCACAGGCAAAGUUUCCAGCAGGCAAAAUAAUCCAAUAGUAUCCCCACAGCAAUCCCAAUGACCAGAUGACACACAGCAUCAGGAGCAGAACUGACAACCUUUAUUCCACAGUGCCUUAUAUAGCAUGCUCCCAUGCAAGGGAGGGAUUUCCAUUCAUUAAUACAGUAGCCAAUCCUGUCCCGGUAACCUCCCACACAUCUCCUCCCCUCAGCCGGCAUCAUAAUCCCCUUAUCCAGUACAGCAAUUCCCCCUGUUUCUGGAUGUACCCCUGAACCUAAGGGUACCACUUUAAAUUAUACAUCCCCUGGUAGCCCUGAUCUGGGUGAACAACAUAUCCAAAAAUCACCCAGAUCAGACCAGGGGUUCGGGAAUUUCCUGGAGGGAAUAAAAUGACCGACUGUGCUGGAUGAACUAGCCGAAUUGAUCUCCAUGCGAUUGGGCCCUGCGGUCGGUCCUGGAAAAGGCGAAUGAAGUACCUGAAAGCCUCCAGCUAUAGAGGCUUGGGAGGGUUUGCCUGAAUACCCUCGUUCGGUUGAUUAUGCCUACCGAACGAGGGGCCGUUCGGUAGUUUGGAACCGAACGGACCGGGCUGAUGGAGGUCUCAGCGGUGUUCGCCUAGUCGAGUGUCUGUUUUGAGUUCCAGACACUCAACGGCAAAACACCGCUGUUCGGGAGGUUAAGGACGGCCGCCGCCAAGUGUUCGUUUCUCGAAUGGCGGCCACCCCUGAGAACAAAGGAUUGCUACACAGCUUGUCAAUUACCCGUUCGCAACAAUGUUGCAACGGUAAUUGAAGGCACACUUCACACAGGGGAGGUCUGACUGUUCGGUAGUUUCAUUCGCACAAACUAAGGGGAUGAAACUACCUAACAUUCAGACGAAUCCAAUACAUUUUACACAUAGAACUUAGCUAUUUUACACGAAUGCAUUCCCUUACUGCAUAGACAUUUAGCAAAUAGACGAAUACAGGUUACACAUAAUUCAAGUCCCAGGGCAGCUCAUGGCCAUACGCUACAUACAGUGAUACCUGUAUCCUAAGCAACCCCUUUUUCCCUAACCCUAAAUUUAACUUCUCGCAAAAUCUAAAUAAUAUAUUUCCUUAGUCCCAAAUUUAAGCACUCAAGGCCUAAACCUAAAAAAAAACACACACAAAAAAAAAAAACCUAAAAGUCUAGAUUUAAGUGGUUAGUCCAGUCACUGUGGCUACUUCUGCUUUUACAAAUGGUCAAUGUGGUAGGAGUCUGUAUGUGCAGCGUUUCUGUUUGAAAUGCUGAAUAUACUGAGAUACUUGCAGUUUUGUGCCAAAGGCUAUUUGCAUCCCCUGCACACAUGACUUACCUCUGUUCCGAUCUGCCAAAUGUCAAUUCUGCAAAAAUUACAUCUGCCAUCAGUGCGUGCUAGGGGAAGUUUUUCCUUGCUGGGAGACUGUCAUAAAAGGCUGAGUUUGGCCAUCAAUAAAUCAGAUCGUUUUACCCCUUCCUGAAGUCGCGACUCAUGUUUGGGGGAAUUGGGAGCUAUAAUCACUACUUCGUUAUUAUUCUACUGGGAGUUCGGGAGAAGCUGCAAGGAUCGGUACUACAUAGAUAACAGGAUCCUUCACAGAUGUCAUGUAUGAAGUCAAAUAGGGAGUGGAAAUGAGGGAAGAGGACUUCACCCAGCAUUUUUUAUUUAUUAAAUAAGGGGCUAGACAUGUUCAAUAGUGCCCAAUCUGGCAUAAUAAAGAGAAAAAUUUACCGUAUGAGAAACAAGUUAUAAUAACCCUUUUACUCCUCUUAAUAAUUAAAAACACCAUGUAUCCAUUCCAAUACUAAAUUAAACCCCACUAAAACCCUAAAUCCACUCUAUACCCCCUCAGAAGUUUUUAAACUUCUUAAUACCUUUUGUAAAUUUACUCUGACAUUAUCCACCCUCUUUAAAAUUAAAUCUCCCUAUCAGUGGCGUACCUGGUGCAAAACUGAUCCGUGCCCCCACCCCCGAUCCGUGCCCCCCCCAGACAUAUGCAUACAGACACACACUCAUACACACAGACACAUACAGAGACACACAUACAGACACACACACACACAUACAGAUACAUACAGACAGAUACACACACACAUACACCCCCCGACAGACACAUACAUACAGACAGACACACACACCCCCGACAGACAUACACACAGACACAUACAUACACACACAUACAUACAAAUACAAAAAGAAAAGUCCUGUGCUCACUCCCAUCACAACUGGGCGGCAGCAACGACCACAGUACACAUCAGCUCAAUACAUAUAGUAAAAACCAAAGGAAAAAAGUUACCUGCACUCUCUCCUUAAUCCCUAUGUAUAUUUAAACAAAUGGAGGUCAUUUAGUUACUCCAAUAGCCACUAGAGGGAAUGCCCGCCUGCCAACGUCAAGGUAGACCCCCCCUAGACUGGUCCUACUCUGACCUUGCUUCCUUGAGUCUACAUACAGUCUGCAUGUAUGGGUCUGUAUGUGUGUGUGUGUGUAUGUGUGCGUCUCUGUAUGUAUGUGUCUGUAUGUGUGUGUGUGUGUGUGUGUCUCUGUAUGUAUGUGUCUGUAUGAUACAGACACAUACAUACAGAGACACACACAUACAGACACAAGUACACACACAGACUGACACACACAUACACAAAAUGUUUAAGUCACCCUCCUGUUUCCUACCUUUGGCAGGAGAGUGACUUUCCCUGAGGUCCAGUGGUGGCUCUGGCUGGUGGGAGUCUGAGUUCUGACUCGGACUCCCUCCUCCUUCCUCCCACACAGCUCUCUGACAGCUGGGAGGAGUGACCAGUGCACUCACUUCCUCCCAGCUCUUUCUGAUGUUAUCACGGGGGCCCCGUCGCGCUGUUAAAGCAACGCAGUGCUGACCGAGCCCCCUGAAAAUCCAUAUCCAUCGGGUGGCCCUAACAGCAUGGGCCACCCGAUGGACCGCUUCAUGUUUGUUUGCCGCGCGGGCCAGGGCCACAAAACAUGGCGGUGGGUACCCCUGGAGUGACGGGUCCGGUCGCAGCUGCGACCCCUGCGACCGGGGUAUGUACGCUAGUGCUCCCUAUCCACUUAUACCAAUUUUUUUUAACCUUGCAUGUAUUUAUACAGUUGCAUGCACUCACUAUAUUUACAUAUUCAAACACAAUACAUUACAGAAAUAGGUACAUUUAUACAUAUGCAGUUGUCCAAUUUGAAUAUGUUUUUUAGACUUUUAGAUUUUGUUUUUGCCUGCAAUGCCCAGUUUUUACAUUCAUUAAACUCAUUAAUAAUUUUUUUGGGGUGGGGGCACUUUAAAAUUCUCUACAGGCACAUGACAUGUAAUUCUGGCCAUGCUUGGAAAAUUGUUUAUUUUCGUUAAACUUCUACAUAAACUUACAACUGUACUUAAAAAUUCCCAGGUCUCUGCCCCCCCACCCCACCUUUUAUAAGAGAGAGAGAGACAAAGAUCUGGUGCUAAUACAUGGCUUCUUAUGCCACAUGCAUCAGAUCAUUUGUGGAACAAAGGGGAGUUUCCAAGUUGCAUGAUAAAGUUGUGUGAUAAACAGACAUCCCAAAUCCCCAGGAGCCUCUGGGAGACUCCCACAUUUUAAAUGUGGCUUCCUGACUCCUGCAAAUCAUAUAUAAUAUCCCGUAAAUCACACACACAUUGUGUCAGAUUGUGUGUGUGAUUUCCGGGAUAUUGUACUAUUUAGCAUGAUACUUGCUAAAUAAUACUUUCUAAACUAGCUAAACAGGGAGCCGGUCGAGUGACGACCCUUUAAGAGCUGACCUGGUCCCUGUGAUAUCAGACGGCAGGGAAGAAAUGCUAAGUGCUGCCACCCUGCUUCAAAGAGAGCUGUGAGGGAGGAGAAGGUUGGAGGAUGCAUGGAGGCAGAGAAGAGCAGCAGCUCACUCCCAUCAGCAACUGCCCUCCUGGACACAAAGGUAAGCUAACUGGAGAGCUGCUGCAAAUAUAUAAAGUAUGAAAUGUAUGUGUGUAAGAUUGUGUGUAUGUCAGGAUGUGCAUCUGUAUGUCAGUGUGUAUCUGAGUGUAUGUGCCAGUUUUAGUGUAUCUGAGUUUAUGUAAGUGUGUGAAUCUGUGUGUCGGUGUGUGUAUCUGAGUGUAUGUGGCAGUUGUAAUGGAUCACCUGGCACCCCAACUGGGUACCUCCGUUGAUGGAUGCUCCUAGUGCUUCCCAAAGACUCCAAGCACUUCUCUUGACACCAUCAGCACUGCAGACCAAACCUCUCUUCCUGCAGAGAGCAAAGCUGGAACAAGCUCUUAUAAGAGCUUAGUGAUUAUAGCCAAGGGAGUAUACAGCGUAUAGCAAUCCCCAGUGUAGAUGCAGCCUUUCCCCCCCACACAUGAGACGUGGCUCUAUGUUGAGGGUAAACCAGGAACUCAGCAGUCUGAGGGUUUAUUGUCUUAUAUGCAACUUUUCUCACAAGGUUACCACCCAGGUGGUCUUGUGGAAUAGCCAAUCAAACACAAUACAAUACAAUCAGACACUCCCAGUCAUGACACACAAACCCUCCCCUCUGCCUGUGAUAUACUAACUGUACACAAUGGGUUACCUUAAUUAUCACAGGCAGGAACAUAUACACAGUUUUAUACAAUAUUCAUAACUUCCAAACCAUACAUGCAAUUCACAUAUUCUGAACCAGCAUAAGCAGAAUACAAACAUAUGUCAAAAUCAUACAAAUUGGUCCAGUGGUUCAAAAUUAGAUGGAAGUCCUAUUUGACCGACUGCAAGCAUGGCUUUCAUGCCCAAAACAGUUCCACAGAUUUAGGCUGUGCAGCCAGUCAAUCUUCUCCUCUAUCCUGGAGAUAAUUGGCUUAAGUAACUGUAGUAAACUCAAUUAUCUCCAGGUACAGAAAAUAUCACUAAGUUACAACUGCACCAAAACACAUAAAAAUACAUAACUAAUAUUCUAUAGAACUGAAUCCCCACAUUUGACCUAUCCCCAAAUACAGUUGCAAGAAAAAAUAUGUGAACCCUUUGGAAUGAUAUGGAUUUCUGCACAAAUUGGUCAUAAAAUAUGAUCUGAUGAUCAUCUAAGUCACAACAAUAGACAAUCAUAGUCUGCUUAAACUAAUAACACACAAAGAAUGAAAUGUUGCCAUGUUUUUAUUGAACACACCAUGUUAACAUUCACAGUGCAGGUGGAAAAAGUAUGUGAACCCUUGGAUUUAAUAACUGGUUGAACCUCCUUUGGCAGCAAUAACUUCAACCAAACGUUUCCUGUAGUUGCAGAUCAGACGUGCACAAUGGUCAGGAGUAAUUCUUGACCAUUCCUCUUUACAGAACUGUUUCAGUUCAGCAAUAUUCUUGGGAUGUCUGGUGUGAAUCGCUUUCUUAAGGUCAUGCCACAGCAUCUCAAUCGGGUUGAGGUCAGGACUCUGACUGGGCCCCUUCAGAAGGCGUAUUUUCUUCUGUUUAAGCCAUUCUGUUGUUGAUUUACUUCUAUGCUUUGGGUCAUUGUCCUAAGUGUCAAGGGGGCUAGGUAAUUGGUCCCAUGGCUGCUCUCUAACUACUUUUCACAUCUAAACGACCAAGUGCAUAGUACUUUAAUUCUUUAUAUUCAAAUAUCUUGAAUGUCUUUUAACACAAUCUAUUUUGUUUGUGUACUUGUGUCUAUAGCUGAUGUUAACAGAAGGGUUGAUAAAAUUGCCACUAAAUUGGACCACUAAAUAGUUUUUGCACCCCAGGCCACAAUUUGCCAGCUGUCCCUUAGUGAUACUAGUAUUAUUUAUGCUCCAUAUAUACAUUGCAGUAUGUUUGUUUCUUUAAGGUAUGAACAAUGGACACUACAUGUAUUGUGACUAUAUAUAUUUUUUAAGUUAUUGAUUGUGCUAUGUUAUGUUUUAGUUACAGUGCUUAUUUCCAUUUUAUUUGAUCUAACAAGGACUCAUUAGUUGUGUUUUGUUUUGAACAUGCCAUCAUGUCAUGGGAAGUAUUUUUGUUUUUUAUUCUGUUCAUGCACUAACACAAUAAUUAAAUUAGUUGUUAGAAAAGUGUUUUCAAUUACUUUGAAAAGUAAUUUUUGUGUUGGUUUUGCUUAGUCUCUGAGGUUUUGGUUAAUGUGUCUAUUAUUUCUUCUUUUUAUCAAAAUAGUGAUCUCAAAUACCUUAGCUUGUAAUGUAAGGUGCAGGGCUCUUUUUUAGUGAUCUGAUAUUGGUAAAGAAAUUGUGAUCAGCAACAAUAUUAAUACCACCUGCCUAAUAGCAUGUAGUUCCCCCUUGUGCUACCAAAACAGCUGUGCAAUUUUGGGCACCUGUUCUAAAGAAAGAUAUCAUGGCACAAGGAAAAGUGCAGACGAGCCACAAAAUUGAUAAAAGGAAUGGAGCAUUUUAGUUACGAAGAAAGAUUAAAAAAUUUAGAUCUGGGGGGGCGGAGCUUGCGGCCAACGAGGGUAGACGCCAUCUCAGCCAGCUCCCCGCAACUUGCUUGAAACCCAUCGAAAAUCGCGGACAUCCUACCCCAUCAAGCGACGCAACCCGGCUGACCUACCUCACAGAGAGUCCCUGCAUCCGUCGAUGCCGUUCUUCCAGAUGCCCAGGCAGGCAAAAAUAAAACGCAGGUCUGGGGCCUACUGCGCAACGCCAGCCUACAGCCUGGACGACCUACUCACGAUCGGCAGAGUGGGAUACAGCCUGCAACUCCCGGACACCUCAUCCCCACAUCAAACCCUAAUGCCGGCAAUGGGACGUCGGUCCCAAAAACCACACACAGCGGCAGAGUGCAGGGAUAUUGGCACCAUGCUGCAACGACCGGCACAGGGCAAAACACCCUCCACAGAGGUACUGCAGCCCACACACAUUGAAGCCACGAGGCAGAGUGAUGAGGCAGGGGCCACACAAGACCUGCAGACAGAUCAGGCCCCAUUCCAAGAGCCCUAUGAUGGCACAGCUCCAACUACCAAAGCUGAUUUAAAGGCACUGCUGGCAGACAUACACAAGGUCUGGGCUGCAGACCUCCAGCAAAUAAAAGGCAGUCACAGGCCUUUUAUUUGCUGGACAUACAGGCAGUCACAGGCCGAGUAACACAAGCGGAAACAAACAUCAGCAGCAUUAACUCUGACUUGACCACAAUUAAAGACACAGUUACUCAGCUCCAAGUGCACCAAUCAGCCUUGUCGCUCAGGCUGACUGCCUUUGAAGACAGACUACGCUGCAACCAUGUUAAGAUAAGGGGAGUCCCUGCUAACAUUACUGCAGAUGAACUACCACACUAUGCUAGGCGAUUGCUGGCGACCAUCUUACCUCACCCAGUGACCAGGAAAUUAACCAAUGAGGGAACAUUUCGACUACCAGGCUCACCCACGGCAAAACUAGGCCAAAUGCGAGACGUCAUACUCCGCUGUGCCACCGCUCAGGAUAAAGCCCAGAUUAUGCUAGCCCUGAAGGGUAAAACACCACUGUCCUUUGAAGGCGCCUCUCUAAUCUUCUACCAGGACCUCACAUGAGCCACACUGCAAUGGCGCAAAUCACUGGCACCGAUCACUUCCCAACUCAGAACGGCUGGGGUGACAUACAGAUGGGGCCCCCCUGGAAGGUUAUAUGCUACGCAUAACUAGAAGCAGGGGCAGAUAUACCCUCUUUCCUUGCAUCACUUGGCAUAACAGGCCAGACCGUAAGAACACAAGACAAGCCAUCCAAAGCCUGGGACCCAGCGAACACCAACCAUAUUCACACCGAGAGCCGCCACGUCAGGGGAAAUGGAGCCUUAGCAGGACUGAACACUAAAUACUUAAACGCAACUCGACAAGACAGCCAAACACUCCAACAAAGCCCCACUGUUUAAAAUGUGUUUAAUGUUUAGCAUUAAUGCUUCAGUUUAUGUUUUUAAACCACACGACGUCUAGUCACGAAAACCCGAAUUUGGGUUGAUAAUUACACGACCGAGAUGGUGAUUUCCCCCCCCCCCCAUAAUCCCCAACAAACACCCCCCUAAGGAGUGGGCGAACUACACAGUGGAGCGUAUACACCCACACCCUCACUCUCUUCCCUACACUAGAUAUACACUAACCCUCAGGCACGGGACCUACCAACCCACCUGACGCUCACUAGGCAACCCUGAUACCACACACCCUUGUAACCAGCUCAGUAUAGAGCCUACUCAGUCAGAUGCAAAACGUGACCUACUAACAGAGAAACAAAAUACACAACACCCCCGAACCCUUAAGCGACAAUCCACCCCCCCAAGGGAUCACUAUAUGGUACCUACACAGGGCUCCUUCAGCCUCAACUAACUUAAGAUGAUGAAAAGCAAAAUCCCCUCCUCUUGCGCCUAUACCUUCUCAGACAAAAUGCUAACCUACAUGCAAUCAAACUAGGCAUACUUGUCUAACACAUACAAUCUAUCUAUAAGAUGCAAAUCUCAUAUAGGAGAUUACUUAACUUAGCUUGUUCAUACAACUCACUAAAUGUAAAAAUGUGCAAGUUUUAACGCAUAAAUUACCUAUGUUCAAAUAAUAAUGCGCUUGUGGAAGCUGUUGUUGCUAUACAAGCACUGCUGUAAACCCAUGCACAACAAAAAUAAAGAAUUAUAAAAAAAAAAGAAAUUAGAUAUGUUUAGUUUGGAAAAAAGGUGCCUGAGAGGGGAUAUGAUAACAUUAUAGAAAUAUAUUCAGGGCCAGUACAAACCAUUAUCUGAAAAUCUAUUCAUAAACAGGGCUAUACAUAGGACACGAGCUCACGCAUUUAGGCUGGAAGAAAAGAGAUUUAAUCUAAGGCAAACAGUAAGAGCAGUAAGGGUAUGGAAUUCUCUGCUGAAGAGGUGGUUUUGUCAGAGUCACUACAGAUGUUUAAACUGAAAUUGGAUAAAUACUUGCAAAAACAUAACAUACAGGGAUAUAAUUUCUAAUUAGUGGGGUAAUAGCUGCUUGAUCCAAGGAGACAUCUGACUGCUAUUUUGGGGUCAAGAAGGAAUUUUUUCCUAGUUUGUUGCUAAAUUGGAAGCGCUUCUUUUGCCUUCUUUUGGAUCAACAGCAAAAACAUAUAUGAGGAAGGGUGAACUUGAUGGACACAAGUCUCUUUUCAGCUAUGUAACUAUGUAAGGCAUGGACUCCACAAGACCUCUAAAUCUGUCCUAUGCUAUGUGGCACCAAGACAUUAGCAGCACAUCCGUUAAAUCCUGUAAAUUGCAAGGUGGGACCUCCAUGGAUUAGAUUUGUUGUUCCGGCACAUCCCACAUAUGCUAAAUCAGAUUAAAAUCUGGAGAGUUUUGAGGCCAACCAUUCCUGGACAAUUUUUGCAGUGUGGCAGGGUACAUUAUCCUGCUGAAAGGGAACACCAUUGAUAUGAAGGGGUAAACGUGGGCUUCCAUUAUCUCUAGGUAGUUGGUACAUGUCAAAGUAACAUCUAGAUGAAUGCCAGGACCCAAGGUUUCCCAGCAGAACAUUUCACAGAGCAUAACACUGACGUACAGAGUCCCAUAUGCAGCAAACUGUGAUGCACUGUGUUCUGACACCUUCUAUCAUGACCAGCAUUAAGAUUUUCAGCAAUUUGAGCUAUACAGGUGGUCCUCAUGGUGCGACCUACCUGUUUUGCACGUCAAGGGAUUCCCCAUGUUACAGAGUUGGUCUAUGUUCGGGGAAUUUUCCCUGAACAUAGAAAAACGCACCAGAGAAGGGAAUCCAUCUAAUCUAGGUUUUCGGGGAACGUUCCCCUAACAUAGAUUUGAUGGAUUCCCUGCUCUGCUGCGCAUGUCUAUGUUUGGAGAAAUUUCCCCAAACAUAGACCUAAACUGGUGCCCAUGAUCCUCACUUACCGACCAAUUUGUUUUACAAUUGGAUCAUAAAAAUGGAACCUGUUUGGUAAGUGAGGAGCAUCUGUAGUACCUCUUCUGUGUGAUCGGAUAAGAAGGGCUAGCUUUUGCUCCUCAUUUGCAUCAAUGAGCCUUGGGCAUCCAUGACUGUGACACUGGUUCACCAGCUGUCCUUUCUUGCACCACUUUUAGUAGGUACUAACCACCGCAUACCAGAAACACCCCACAAGACUUUUUGUUUUGGACAUGCUCUGACCCUUCGUCUCACCAUCACUAUUUGGUCUGGUCAAAGUCAUUCUUUUCACUUUCCCAUUUUUCCUGCUUCCAACACAUGAAAUUCAAAAACUGAUUGUUCACUUUCUGCCUAAUAUAUCCCACCUCUGACAGCUGUCAUUGUAACAACAUAAUCAAUAUUAUUCACUUCAAUUGUCAGUGGUUUUAAUGUUGUGGCUGAUCAGUGUAUAAGACUAUUCGUCAGCUAUGGGUGUCACUGCUGAUGUUUCUUUUUAAUUGUAUAAGCUUUGAUUUGUGUACAGAUUUCCUUCUGAUAAUCUUUCGUUUUUUUUUUCCUCUGUAGAAAUUAAUGGUACCGAAAUUUGCCCACUGCCAUUCGCUCCAUAUGAUUUCUCAGCUUCUGAUUUCUCUUCUAUGCCCCGACUGCGAUAUCUGAGACUAGAUGGAAACCAGCUGAAACCCCCUAUUCCACUGGAUGUGAUCAUGUGCUUCCGGCUGCUGCAGUCUGUGGUCAUCUGAGAAACCUAUACACGAUUAAAUGAAUAUAAAGUGCAACACUAAAGCAAACACCUAUUUGUACAUUUAGACUGCUACACAAACACACCAUACCCUGUUACACAUAGUAUUAAACCAUGCUAUACUAAACAUACAUUACACAAAUGUACAGCAAUACACACGGGAGAGCUGAACUUCCAGUCAUGUUUUCCUGGACCUUUAUACAUUAUGCAAGCUGUUGGGAGUUUCAUGAAUAGUACUCCCCAGCAGUAUACAGUAAUUGAUUAAUCAUCAUCAUUUCGAUGGGAUCCCAACUGAUUAAGUCACUAAUUUCCAAGUGCAUUCAAAUUCUAUAUACUGCCGGGCAGCACUUUUCAUGUACAUCCCAAGAGAAUGUGUAACUUACUAUUGGCAUACCUGCCAACUGGCUGCACAUAGGGGCAGACAGGAAAAACUACCUGUAAAAAAGGUGGGUCUGCCUAUACAGUAGGUAAGACUGCCCCUAAAGUGGGUGGUCAGACUAACUGACAGUCCAUCCCUCUGAAUAACUCUGUUUAUGAGCCUAGUACCCUGCCCCCAUAUGAAUCCUGAAAUCUGCUUGGUAGACUGAACUGCUGAGCCGAUUUGAGAAUGCGGAACAGGUCCCUGGAACCAGGCCCCACCAUCCGACAAACCAGGUAAAUGCCCAGUGGGUCAUGAUGGCUAUGAGUCAAGGCUAGCAGUAAUGUAACUAUGUAACUAUGAACUAAUGAUCUCCCAGGCUGACCCAUGCAGGCUUGAUGCUUACCGAAUACUGGCCCAUAGUUUGGGCUCUGUAAUGGUUGUGACCCAGGGAGCAUAUGGUAAGCACAACCCAGACGGUGCAGACCAACCACUCUGCUAGUGGAUCAGAUUGCUAACAUGGGUGACAUUGCAAAUGUUAUAAUUCCUUCAUUAGCAGAGACUGCAAGGAGCGAUGAAAGUGGCUUACACUUGCCUGCAGAUGCAGGACACCUGACCACCAGGGACCUGCAUUCCUCCUCUCUGGACAAUAGAGUCCCUAUUCUCUUCACACACACUAUAGCCCUAAACACACACACUACAACCCUAUCUCCAUAGACACACAUGUACUACAACCCUAUCACCCUUAAAUCCACACACUGCAGCCCGUAUCCCCUCUAUCCUAAUGGAAAGUAUGAAAUUGAGAUACGGGCCUAUAAGGGAAUAUCACCAGUGACAUAACUUGCUUCACUUGGCAUCACUUAGAUGUGUGGCACACAGGGAAGAGGCACGUCAGCUUGGUGUCCAGCAUGCCAGGCUGACCUACAGCCUUCCAGCCGGCCCCCUAAAUACAGGACCAUGUGCUAGAGAAGCACUUUAAUGAUGCGCAAAAAUACACACACGUACUACAGCCCUGCUAUCCCCAAAAUACAUGCACAAACACUACAGCCCAUAUCACCCCCUAUCCCCACACACAUAACAGCCCUUAAACACAAACAUUACAACUCCUACCGACACACAUUAUAGUCACUAUCCACACACACAAUUUAGUCCCUAUCCUCCCACCCAGACCACAUACUAAAAACACAUGCACAUUCACUACAGCCACCAUCCUCCCCUAGACACUCACACAAUACAGCCCCUAUCCCCACAUAUAUUACAGCGCCAACCAUCCUACACACACUGAAGCCCCUAGAGGUGGAAUUAACCCUGAGAGGUAAUUAUUGCAGUGUCUCAGAAACUGCAAUAAUUACCACUGCAGGGUUAAGGGAAAUGGAACAUUCCACCCAAACCACUUCAAGGAGAUGAAGUGGUCUGGGUGCCUACAGUGUCCCUGGAGGCAUUUGUGGAUCUGGAGGCAUUUGUAAACUACUCAACCAUCAUUCUUGUGGAGUUUUAUUAUGAUGUCUCCAAACUCAUGGCAUUAUUUCCCCUAUAAUAUCCAGUUCACUGUUCUGUAUGUGUAUUUACAGGAUCCAGCACACUCACUCACUAAAUACCUGACUUAAAAAUAAAGGUUAUUUAGUUACAGUAUAUAAUUCAGCUACUAUGGCCUUAAAGGGUUACUCCAACCAUCUAAACCGUUUCAGUGAUUUGAAGUGGUCGUGGUUAUAGGAGCCUGAAGGUGUAUUGUUUCUGUUUGAAACACUACACAUUCAGAGAUCUUUUUUAUUUUCUGCCAGGGGCUAUUUCCACUUCCAGAACACAUAAUUUAGGCAGCCUGGAACUCUGUUCCAGACUGCCUGAAAUCAGUUCUGUGAAUAAAAUGCGUCCAAUGUCAGCACUCACUGUAAGCUGGCAACAGAGAUAUUGAGCCUAUAAUUGGACCGCAUGUGACUCCUGGUAUAUGAUUUGACUGCGAGAGGCACCUGGCUGACGUCAUUAGAAAGAGUGGAAGUCAGUGCCGAGAGAUUUGCCAGGCACUUAAUUCAGGUAAGUAAUACAUUUCUUUUGGAGGGUGGAGAGUAAACAGAGGUGGGGGGACCUUUUUCAUAUUACCCAAUAGGUUCCCCCCUGCAAAAGGGUUGAUGUAAUCCUUUAAAUGGGAAAUGUACUUUUAAUUCUCAUGUCAGUAAAUAACUCUGACAAUGUUAUCACAACACAUUCUCUACAAAAUUUACUUUAACUACUCAUAUCAGUACAAUGCUUAUAAAUACAAAUAUCUAAAAAAAAUCUGCUUUAGGCCUCUUUGAAGUAUUAUGUGUAUUAGUGUCCUUAAAGGAACACUAUAAGCACUAUAACCACAUUGUCUCAUUGAAAUGCUUAUGGUGCGUAGAGUGCUCUGUUCAGUGCUAAACCAUUUCUGAACAUCGUAGAAAUUAAUGAGAACGAACAACCCAGCCUAUCUCUACUUCUUGGUCCGAUGCUUUUGGAUUCACCAAAUCAGCAAUAGGUAACAGUGAAUGGCUGAGAGCAUUAACUGAGCGCUCUUUGCCUAUCACUGCUGCCUCUUGCUGGUAUAAGCUGAUAUGACUAAGGAGGAGUUUAUCUUUGUCUUGCUGAAUCCCCAGAGGGGGCUGUGCAGCCGGUACCUGGGGAACCUAUUUUAGUAUUAAACUCUUUGAAUACAGUGAGUGGACAACAGGCAACUCAAGGCAUACACAUAGAGUCUCUUUAACCCCUUAAGGACCAAACUUCUGGAAUAAAAGGGAAUCAUGACAUGUCACACGUCAUGUGUCCUUAAGGGGUUAAAGAAGAAUGGUAAUUACUGCAUUAUUAAAACACAAUUUCUAUAUAUUUCAUUAUGUUUUACUAAUAUAUACAUUAUGUACAUUGCUAUAUGAACAUGCUACACUAGUUAAGUCUUGAGCACAUGACUUUUUACCCUUAAUAUCUUGCUGCAUGCUUACUCAGUAAAUAUUUAGACCUGAAAAUUAGUAUAUGUUCAUGCACAAUAUGUAUAGGUGUAAAUAUAUAUUUAUAUCUAUAUACACAGGAUGCUACUACUAUACAUUUGCUCUUGCUGGUAUAGUUGCUGCAACUCACUGCUUAAUGUGCUGCACAUUCAGUUGAAGACAAAAGGGUUAAAUGCUCAUUAUAUUUUUGUUAAUGAUGUACACAACGUUUGAAGCUAUGAGAGAUUGCUGUAUCGCAGCUCUCUGUGCUCUUUUGUUGUUCAAAAUCUGUCUCUGCCAUUUUAAUGAAAGACAAUUUUUGUUUUUGCAUGCUGUCUCAUUUGCCCUAUCCCUCCCUCUACAUUCCCCAUCUACCAAGUUUCUCACAUAAUGUCGCUUGAUUAUCUUCCUAAAAUAAAUUGCAUGGUUUUUAUUUUG